UCUGUUUCUCCCACGAGUCCCACCCAACCACCCAAGCCUUCACCAUGCGCCAUGUCCUGCAUGGCCGCCAUCCCAGACCGCCAUACUGCACCUACCUCCUCCUCAACCGCGCCCACCACGGCGCAGCGGGCUUUGAUCUCGGUAGCUCCGCAAACUUCAACGCCGUGCUCUACGACCCCACGAAACCCGUCCAUCUCCACAUGACUCCAAUGGCCAACACCAGCAUCCGGCGCAUGUACCACCCAGAAGCCAUCAAUCUCCUCAAUGGGCGUGUGCUCGUUUCCGGCUCCGACCCUACAGAUCUAUACUCUGACCCCAACACUAGCGGUUUCCCCGAAGAAUACCGCGUCAAAGUCUUUACUACCCCGUAUCUCCUCUCGGGGCUUCCUCGUCCUGCAUUCUCUCUCCCCCACUCAGAGUGGGCGUAUAACGCUUCCAUAAUCUCCACACUAACCUCAGACUCCUUAUCUCGCGUCUCCCUCCUCAGUUCCGUAGUCAGAGCACACACAGUAACAGUAUAGGCCAACUUCCAAGAUAAUGCACCAUUUUCGCCCUCCGUGACCUGCGACGGAAAUCCUUACAUAGUCC